AUGAGACAAAUUACCAGGUCGAUGUUUGAACUCUUGGCUGGAUUAUCAUAUGCCCUCGUCACUAAGCACUCACAUUCUCGACCCACAGUAUGUACAUCAUCAGCAAAGAAGCAAAGUACCACCUCCGAAGUACAUACCACCACCGACGUAUGGCCAGUUCCAGUUGAGCUAUUUGAUAUCAGGGUUUCCUACGACGGACCUCACUUGUAUCGGUUUCACGACCUCAAGGGCCCAAGACGCAGAGGACCCCCUUCGGUGUGUCAUCGAUUUCGUUGUGGACCGCUAAUCAAACCUCAUUUAUACCUAAGGCCAGCUGCCAUCCGAUUCCACCUCACACAACAAACUCCAAUAGUCACGUCCGCCAUGCCUUACCCUGCCAUAUUGAACACUACCCUCACCACGGCCUAUGAUGCGAUUCCCGUGGGGGGCGACGAAUUCAUGCCAUAUUAUUCCAACUCGACGGAAAUCAUCAUGAAAGACGCUCAAGCCGUACCCCUGCAAGCCCUUGGCCACGUCAUACCGCAAGAAAGGCUCCGCGCGAACCGCAGUUAUCAACUUAGCGGUCCGCUCGGCGUAGACCCUGCCACCGGUCAAGCGACAAUCACCUUUUGCUCUGAGACUCGCACAUUUCUCGGUUGCGACCCUCCUCCACAUGCACUGCUUGCCGGGCACGCAGUGCUCACGGGCAUCGGCAAGGUGACCGAUUUUCAUCUCGACGACGUAGAGGAGAUGGGAGGAUGGCAUCUCACUGUCAAUGCUCAACACGAAUACUAUGACCCUUUGGUUUAA